CCCAUCUUUUAUUAACGGAGUCGUCCCUACCAUUAAAAAUUCGACGUUGCUGCCGGACCUGUGCUCUGUCAUCCUCGGUCCCCUGAUUUUAGUCGCGGGGCGCAUCCAGGUAUACAAGGUCUAUGACCAGAAGUACCUGCUCUCGAUGCUCUCUCUGCGAUACCUGGCAACUUCGUGAUGCCCUAUUCGCAUUCCAUUCGCGAGGACCACGAGUCGUGAUAUGGCCAAGUCGCUGCUCGUGGUGCUGUCAGUUAUCGCGAUAACGAUGUAUAAUCGCGUGCGCACGUAAUUGAGCGUUCCGACCGUGACGACGACGACGACGACGAUAACAACGAGAAUAGAGGUGCCGCGGAGGCACAUGCGAAACAGCUGAUUAGCGGAGAUACACCGCCGAGUUCGGGUCACGGUCGUUUGUACUCUGUAGUCGCAGAGAGAGAGCGGAUCAGCGGUCAUGGCGGGUUUCGUGCUCCGGGUGAAGACCAAGUCGGGCCAGAAGGUAGUCUAUGGUCUCACGGCCCACGAUAAGGUGUCGCAGCUGAAGGCGAAGCUCGCCGAGCUCACCAGCGUACCUGCCGCCGCGCUUCAGGUGCUCGUCGGCUUCCCGCCGAAGCCUGUCGACCUGGACGUGGCGGACGCCACAAUCGAGCGCGCGGGCAUUAUCUCCGGAGACACCCUGAUCGUUGAAGAGAAGCAGAUCGUGUUCAAUAGACAUGAGCAGAAACUGGACAAUCUCGGACGAACCCAUAUCAUCGACCAGGAGAACUUUGCCAAUGUGCCAGGUGUCCUUAUGAGGAAGGUUGUACCUGCGGAUAAUUCCUGUCUUUUCACUAGCGUGGGUUACGUCCUGAAUGGAAAAGUCGAUACUAGCUGCGCCAGUUUUAUGAGGGAGAUUAUAGCAAACGCGGUAGCGGCAGAUCCGAAUGAAUACUGCGAGGCAUUUCUGGGUAGACCUAAUGCCGAGUACUGCGAGUGGAUUCUCCAGUCUGAUGCUUGGGGUGGCGCGAUUGAGCUGUCGAUACUGUCCAAGUUUUAUGGUUUGGAGAUUGCGGUGAUCGACAGUAUUAACGCGAUCGUCAAUAGGUUCGGCGAAGAUCAGCAUUACUCUCAACGGGUCUUUCUUAUAUUCGAUGGAAUCCAUUAUGACCCUCUCUACCUAGAGCCGCUCGAUGGUGGUAGUAUCCAAACGAUGUUUCCCACCGAGGACGAGAGAGUGCUCCUAGAAGCGGCCCAACUUGCAAAAGAAGCUAGAUCGAGUCGCCAGUUCACAGACGUGCAAAAAUUUACACUGAUGUGCACCGAUUGCAAAGUCAUGUUAAACGGACAAGCGGCAGCGCAGCAGCACGCCAAGGACACCGGCCAUAAGAAUUUCGGCGAAGUAUCAGCGUAGCCCUGUAUCAGCAUCUCAAAACUAACUAACUGCCAUCUAACUCUCUGGUGACUAUCCUUAACUUCAAACAGUAUAGAGUGACUUGACAGUUAUUUUUUAUAUCGGAACGUACGGGGAUCUUUCGGUUUAUCCUAUUUACUCUCAACGUACGCUAUUAACAUAAAUCAGGUGUUUAUUAUUGCAAAUCAUUUGUACUAUAGAAUGCAAUCGACGGGAAAUUUUGUGCUGGCACAGGAGUGUAUAUGAUAUUUUUAGAAAUUAUACUCAUAAAUUUUAUAAAUUAUAUUCACAAAUAUGUAUUAUAUA